AAGAGACUCGCGCUGCCUCAUUCUUUUUGAUGGAGUGGGGGAGAAGGGCCCGGGAAGUAGAGAGGACCCUGGCCAAGGGGUCCUAACUGUUUCGGUGGUAGCCCUGGCCUAGCCCAGAGGCAGUUCAAAGGCAAGGACUAUGUAAACCAUGGGCAAGAAAAAAACUUUAGGCCAGUCUGGUAAUCCAGAGCCCGAGGAUUCCUCUCCUGGGACCACAAGUGGUUACCCAGAACCCUGGGCUGACAUUCCACUCCCACCAUAUAGCUUUUCACAGUUUGGUGGACCUCCAGGGACACUAUCGAUGCCUGUGCCACCACCUCUGAACUGCCCACCUGGAUUAGAACAUUUAAUUCUGAUAGAUCAGUUACUGGUUCAGCAGCAAGUUGAAAUUCUGGAAGCCAUCACAGGUUUCGAAACUAAUAACAGAUAUGAAAUAAAGGACAGACUGAAACAGACAAUCUACUUUGCUGUGGAAGAUAACGAUUGCUGCACUCGCAAUUUCUGUGGGUAUAACAGGCCUUUUACCAUAAAGAUCCUUACUCUUUCAGGUCAAGAAAUUAUAAUUCUGAAGAGACCACUACGAUGUAAUAGCUGUUUCUUCCCCUGCUGCCUGCAAAAGAUAGAAGUUCAAGCUCCUCCUGGUGUACCUAUAGGUUAUGUUUCUCAGACCUGGCACCCAUGUUUUCCCAAGUUCAGUGUUCAAAAUGAGAACAGAAAGGAAGUACUGAAAGUUAUUGGUCCAAUUAUGGUGUGUAACUGCAGCGCCAAUAUUGAUUUUGAGGUUAAAUCUCUUGAUAAAGGAACUGUGGUUGGCAAGAUUUCCAAGCAGUGGGCUGGUUUUAUCAAAGAACUUUUUACAAACAGUGAUAACUUUGGGAUCCAGUUUCCUUUAGACCUCGAUGUGAAAAUGAAGGCUGUGAUGCUUGGGGCCUGCUUCCUCAUUGACUUCAUGUUUUUUGAAAAUACUGGAUUACAGAGACCAAAAAUAGGAAUAUGGUAGUGGAUUUGUGAAAGUAUCCUCAGAAAAUUUGAAGGCUGCGUAUUGAUAGAGAUCAUCUAAUAGGAAACCCGGUGGCUGCUUCUUCUCUGUGGAAAUCACUCACACCUGAAUAAAAUG